UUUAUACUUACUUUUUUCACUGUUUGUCUCAUUAUUUUUAAGUUGUGUGUGUAGGGUAGAGAGGAGAGGAACCUGUAAUAAUGACUGAGCUUGAGAAAGUAGUAGCAGGAGAGAGAGGAGCGCCAUGACAGCUGAGGUUGUUGUAUCAAGAACUAACUUGUCGCUGAGCUCCAUCAUCGUUACGAAACCUAACAUUGUCUCCUAAAAUAGCUGGAUAGACAUAUUUUAUUGGAAUUUAAUGUACUGAAAUUCAGUAUACUGGUACUAUAGAGAAGGACGGUUAGACUGCGUGUUGUUGAUGGUGUUGCGACUUCUGACAUCACGCCUUUCUGGCAUGGAAGGAGGGGAGCUGACUCGCGGGGAGGUACUGUCCCUGCUGGUGCGUCUGGCCUUUGCCACUGCUGCAUCAUACUUAACAGUGAAAGUUUUAGUGUCUGCUAUGGACCCCACAGCUAAACAGAAGAAAGAUGCCAAAAGGAAGGCUCAGGAAGUGAUGCAGAGACUUGGUAUUAAGGAGAAACUAUCGUUUAACGAGUAUGAGAUGAUGAUUGCAAGUCAACUAGUGGAGCCGACACAAAUGUCCACGUCGUGGAAAGAUGUGGCAGGCCUCUCAUCUGUCAUUCGUGAGUUGCGAGAAACACUCAUAUUGCCCAUACAGCAGAGAAAUCGCCUACAAGCAUCCAGGCUUAUUCAGCCACCCAAAGGUGUGUUAUUACAUGGUCCUCCAGGCUGUGGCAAGACACUCUUGGCUCGUGCUGUUGCAAAGGAAGCUGGUUCUCGUUUCAUCAACCUAGAUGUUGCAUCGUUGACAGACAAAUGGUAUGGAGAGUCUCAGAAACUCUCUUCGGCAGUGUUCUCCCUGGCAUCAAAGAUUCAACCCUGCAUCAUAUUUAUUGAUGAAAUUGACUCGUUCUUACGUGUGCGUGCUUCUGGUGAUCAUGAAGCCACAGCCAUGAUGAAAGCACAGUUCUUGCAGCAGUGGGAUGGCCUGGCCACUGACCAUAGUCGCUGUGUCAUAGUUAUGGGUGCCACUAACAGACCACAAGAUGUGGAUCGUGCUAUACUUCGCCGCAUGCCGGCUGCUUUCCACAUUCCUCUACCAGGAUUGGAGCAGCGGGAAGACAUCCUACGCUUGGUUCUGCAUGAUGAGUCCUUGGCAGAUGACAUUAACAUUUCCAGCCUGGCAACACAGACUGAAAGUUUCUCUGGCUCUGACUUGUUAGAGCUGUGUCGAACAGCGGCUGUAUACAGGCUGCGCCAUUUGCUGAAUGACACAUCUGAUCAAGGAGAAAGUGAACUGGCUACACAGCAGGAAAGGUGGAACACAGAUAGUACAGAACCCCUGCGACCUAUAACAUCCCUAGACUUUAAACAGGCACUGAGCAAGAUGCGAGAGUCACGGGUGUACAAUAGACAAGCUAAUGCUUUACUCAAAAUGGAUCUAGACUGAGUCUUGUGCUCCUUCAAGCUGCCAUUGGUACCUACCAUAUUCUGUAUUAUCAUCAGGGCAAUGUAACAAAUAUACUGUAGUCUGUCGUGCAACAUUUAUAGACUAAAGGAGAUAAGUAUAUAAAAUUAUUUAAUCUUGAUACAAAUAUUCGACUUCCAUUUUAUUUUAUUGAUACAAAUUAUUAUUAUAACCACAAAAAAGUCCUAAACCUAUGUGGAU